AGUCGGAUUACUUUCUCGUUGAACAUCGGAAGUAUCGAAAGUAUCUGAAGCAUGGCUCGUAGCACUUUGGGUUACUGGGACAUCCGCGGCUUGGCAGAGCCGAUUCGCUAUUUGUUGCACUACAAGGGGGUCGAUUUCGAAGACAAGCGCUACCUGAACUACGAUGACUGGCAAAAUGAUAAAUUUUCUCUCAACCUGGACUUUCCCAAUUUACCCUAUUACAUCGACGACAAGGUCAAACUCACCCAGAGCACGGCCAUCCUGAGGUACUUGGCCCGGAAAUUCGAGCUGACCGGAAAAACGGAAGAGGAAAAGGUCAGGGCGGAGCUGGCCGAGCAGCAAAUCGUCGAUUUCCGUACCAGCAUGAUCCGAACGUGCUACAAUCCGGAAUACGAAAAAAUAAAGCCUGAAUUUGUCCAAAAUGUGCCCGCUCAACUAAAACUGUUCUCUGCCUUCCUCGGGGACGGAAAGUUUCUUGCAGGAGAUGAAGUCACUUAUGUCGAUUUUAUGGCAUAUGACACCUUCGACUUUUAUCGCCUUCUCAUUCCCUCAGUUCUCAAUGACUUUCCAAACUUAAAAGAAUACUGUGACCGUUUCGAGAAGUUGCCGGAACUUCAGCAAUACUUGGAAUCCCCAGUUUACAAGCGUUGGCCAAUUUUUGGGCCUGUAGCCUACUUCGGAGGAAAAGGGACGGAACCUAAACGAGUUUGAACCCUUUCGAGUAAUCGAAAGAAUCAAAUAAAAAUAAAUGGUGCUUCAAAAAAGUGGAUAUGCAGUGAAUUUGAGACAAUCAAUUAUUGAAAUUUAUUUUACGGAACUACCUUCAGGAUUUUAUCACUACUCUAAAAGAAAUAAAAAAACGCAAUUCAUUUUGAUAUUUUGUGCACAAAGUAAUGUCAGUGUUAGAUUGAUUUUCCAAAGAGAAAACAGAGUUUCGAUCUGUUGAUAAGCUUGUGAAAAAUAUGAAAUAUAAGGUAAGUGACAGUUGUAUUUUGUGGAGGAAACAAGAAGUCCAACAGCAUUCCACUAAUGUAAAUGUGUUCAUUAUUCCCACACAAUAUUUUUAUUGUUCUGAAUUAUGUUUUGCAUGAAACGAUGUACUCAUAAGUACUAUAUCGCAGAAAAAAAUCUCUUACAUGAAGAUAAUUUUUUGUAAUUCUGCUUAAAAUAAAUUUCUUCGAACAUA